GUGGUCGGUUGUCAGCGGCAUCAGGAUCACCAUCACCGACGGGCGGCGUAUUAAAGCCGUCGAGGAAAGCUCUGUUCCAAUAAUAAAAAAUUAACCGAUCCUCAAGGAGCGGCGGACGCGUUUUAAGUAUUCAAAUUUCUCAUCCUGCGGUGCGGAACUCCGCCCACUUUUUCUUCCUCUGGGAAAUCGCCCCGGAUUCCAGCCACGUGGUCCUACAAGGAAACGAAGAGUUCCUACCCAAGGUCAUCUACGUCCUACAGGACAUCGAACAUCCGGCAUGGAUCUCGACGACGACUGGACGGGGAGCGUGGAGCUGAAAAUCGCGUUGGAUCAUCCACAGGGCGUAUUUUACCCGGGAAAUCAAGUCGCCGGGAAGGUCCUCGUCAGCUGGAACGAGCCGAAGAUAUUCUUAGGACUACGAGUGAAAUGCGAAGGGGCGGGUUUGGUCUUCUUCACCGACAGGUCGGCUGGCUUUAGACGAAAAUUUUCGAACGAGGAGUCCUACCUGACCCAGGAAUUCUACCUCAUUGGUGACGGUGAAUCGCCGGUGAGCACCGAGGAUGGCCAAAACGAAUUUCCGUUCUCCAUUGACCUGCCCGAGGAGAUUCCGGGGAGUUUCGAGGGCCGGUAUGGCCGAGUCAGAUACAGCGUUUCGGCCUUUUUGGACCUCACUAAGGUCGUGCGGAUAACCAGCAGCCUGCCGUUCACCGUUGUGCCUGUUCUGGACCUGAAUCAAGACUCCCUGGCAACGCUUCCAAUCAGCGAGGACAACUCAAAGGUCGUAGUGGGUCAGACGGAGCCGUUGAACAUGCUGGUCACGUUGCCGGUUCGCGGAUUCGUACCUGGCCAGACUAUCCCGGUCAAGAUCGUCCUGAAGAACGUUUCCAACAUCGAGAUCAGGAAGCUUCGAGUGGUUUUCAAGAAGGUGAUCACCUACCACACGCAUCGUAAGUCGCGUCGUCACAAGGAGAUCAUCGUCGAGAUUGAACUGCCGGUAACCAAGAGUUGCCAGGUUUACGAGACGGGGGUCGACGUCCCCGCGGUGCCACCGACGGGGUUGAAAUUCUGCAGCAUAAUCGACGUCUGGUACACUCUGAAGGUCGAGGCCUGCGUCGAAGUGAACGAGUGGUACCUCAGGAUGCUGCAGAAGAACCUUAAGACGAGGAUGCGGAUCGUGGUGGGAACGAUUCCCCUUCGUCACUACGAAAGUCCGGAAGACGAAUUGCCCGGUGAAGCUAUCGGGGGGCAAACGGAAGUCGAGAACAACGAGGAAAAGUUGAAACUGGACGAUUUCGGUGAUAAUCCAAGCAUCUACGAGGAGAGCAAAAUCUAUCCAUCGUCAAAACCUAAUCGGGACGAUCCCCCCGGAGAUGAGGAGGUGGAAAACGGAUCUGGAACGACUUACGCGCCGCUGUAUCGCGUUUAUACAUUCAACAAGUCGAAAAGGAAUAAUUACGCUUCGAAAUCUCACCGUUAACCGUUCACCGAUGUUUAACGUUUUACGCGUUGCAAAAACCUGCCAAUUCCAAUUUCGUCCGCAUAUAUAUAUGUAUAUAUAUUAAUACACUGUCACGUGAUAUUGUGAAGAAAGUGAAUUGCUAACGACCGAAUGGCUUAAUGCGCAUGCGCUAAAAUUCGAGAGCAUGAGUGGUUGUUUCUUCCAGGGCUACCAACAUUUAUAAAUUGAGGUUACAGCUCGCCGCGAUGUGUGUAACCUCAAAACUUUUUACAACUAUCGGUCAUCUGAAUUUAUGAAUGUUGGUCACCCUGA